AUGGACGCUAUUAAUUCAUACUUCCCCUUGAAAAAGCAAAAAAUCAGCGCUUAUGAUAAACCUUGGGUGUCGAACAAGUUAAAACAAUUUAUAUCAAAGAGACAAACAUCUCUCGUCAGGUAUGGGAAGUAUUCCCAUUCUUUUAAAUUUUGGAGUAACAAAGUCCAAGGUGAGAUAAGAUCGUGUAAAGAGUCCCAUUACAAAAAUAAAGUACAUAAUAUGAAAGACUAUGAUGUAUCCAAAUGGUGGAAAGAAAUUAAAAAACUUGGCUAUGGUUCUAGCAAAACGGAAUGGUGUGAACAACUAAUGGAUGAGGCAACCGGUACAAUAGAGGAACUAGCUGAGAACAUUAACAGUUUUUUUGUUAAUUUAUCAUCAGAUUUUCAACCCCUUGAAGACGAUCGGAACUAUCAAGCCGAAUGCCCACUCGAUAUGUUCGUUGACCCGUGUAAAGCGUAUCGUCCCUUGAAGGAAGUUAAUUGUCAUAUUUCAACUGGCCCUGAUGAAAUUCCCAAUAGGAUACUUCGAGACUUUGCUUUCGCAUUAUCUCCAGUGGUGUCUGACAUUUAUAACAGUACUUUGAGACAAGGAAAAAUCCCUGAAUUACUAAAGUCAUCAAUUGUCUCCCCAAUACCUAAGUGUAUGCUGCCCAAGACAAUUGAGGACGACCUUCGUCCAAUAUCUCUGACACCGCAGAUAGCCAAAAUAUAG